AUGGUCCUGGUGCACGUCGGCUACCUGGUGCUGCCCGUCUUCGGCUCCGUGCGCAACAGAGGUGCUCCUUUUCAAAGAUCUCAGCAUCCCCAUGCUACCUCCUGCCGGCACUUCCACCUGGGCCCCCAGCCUCAGCUCUCCACCGACUUCACCCUGCCUCACACGGUGCAGCCCCAGCCGGGACUGACCGCCCACAUGGCUCCUGCGCACCAGCACAGUGGCCCCCUGCACCAACCCCUGACACCGGUGCCAGCCCUUCCCUUCCAGGAUGUGACCGGACCCUCCUUCCUACCUCAGGCGCUUCACCAGCAAUACCUCCUUCAGCAGCAGCUCCUUGAGGCACAGCACCGCCGGCUCAUGCCCCAUCCCAGGCGGGCUCAGGAGCGCAUGUCCAUUCAGCCUCACCGCCUACACCCCAGCUUUGACUUCAGCCACCAACUGCAAACUCCACAACCCAUGGGGGCCCAGCCCAGGUAUUUAGCCGAAGGCACAGAUUGGGACCUCAGUGUUGAUGCAGGACUGACUCACACCCAGUUCCAGGUUCGUCCACUCCCUCAACCCUAUCAGCACUACUUAGCUACACCUCGGAUGCACCAUUUCCCCAGAAGCACAUCCUCAACACAGAUGGUUGUUCAUGAAAUCAGAAAUUAUCCUUAUCCUCAGCUUCAACUACUUGCUCUUCAGGGCCUGAACCCAAGCAGGCACACGUCCGCUGUGCGGGAGAGCUAUGAGGAGCUGCUGCAGCUGGAGGACAGGUUGGGAAGUGUGAGCCGAGGUGCUGUCCAGAACACCAUUGAGAGGUUCACCUUCCCCCACAAGUACAAGAAGAGAAGACCACAGGAGGGCAAGGGUGAGCAAGAGGAUGGAGAGGAAUCAGAUACGGAUGAGAAAUGCACAAUCUGCUUGUCCAUGCUUGAAGAUGGAGAAGAUGUCAGGCGGUUGCCUUGUAUGCAUCUCUUCCACCAAGUGUGUGUGGACCAGUGGCUGGCCACCAGCAAGAAGUGCCCAAUCUGCAGGGUGGACAUUGAAACACAGCUCGGCUCGGACAGCUGA